AUGGCAUUUCGAAUCAUUAUCUGUUUCUACUUGUUCCUUCUUUCUCUUUCCCUUUCUUCUUCUCUCAAACCCCCAUUAUGUAAUUAUCAUGAUUCCAUUGCGCUUCUUCAUUUUAAAAACUCUCUCUCUCUUAAUCAUUCUGCUUCGAUGGAGUGUGAUGAGUUUAAGAACACAUCUUAUCCAAAGACAGCUUCGUGGGGAAAUAAUUCAAACUGUUGCUUGUGGGAUGGGAUCAUGUGUGACUCCAUGUCUGGUCAUGUGAUUGGUCUUGACCUUAGCUGUAGUUGGCUCAAAGGUCAACUCCAUCCAAACAAUAGCCUCUUCCAACUUUCUCAUCUCCAAACACUCAACUUGGCUCACAACAAUUUUAGAGGAUCUUUGAUAUCAUCUCAUUUCGGUGGUCUUUCCACUCUCAUGCAUCUAAACUUAAGCUGUUCUGUUUUUGCUGGUGAAAUUUCUCCUAAAAUUGCAAAAUUGUCUAAGUUAGUCUCUCUUGAUUUGUCUUUGAAUGGAUUUUCCUCAUAUGAUGAAUGGUUAAGUUUAAGACUUGAACCAUCCACUUGGGAGAAGCUUGCUCUAAACAUGACUGAUAUGAGAGAACUUGUUUUAGAUGGUGUAAAUAUGUCUUCCAUUGCACCAAGCUCCUUGUCUUUGAAGUCACUUAAUAUUUUGAGUCUUAAACGUUGCCAAUUUGAUGGGCCUAUUCCUACAAGUUUUGGAAACCUUACUCAAUUAACUAAUUUGAACAUUUUAGAUCUGUCCUCUUGCAACAUCAAUGACUUUCCUAAACAAUUAGGAAGCCUUCAAAAUUUGAAGGGGUUAUAUCUUUCCAAUAACAAAAUUCGUGGAGAUAUUCCCCAAUGGUUCAAUAACGUAGGGAAUGGUUCUUUGGAUGCUUUGGAUCUCUCUCAUAAUAACUUGACAUCAGCUAAACAUCUUUCAAUGAGAAACUUGAGGUUUCUUGAUCUCAGCUUCAACUUGUUGCUAGGAAAUCUCCCAAUUCCAUCCUUUGAUGUUGAAUUCUUUUCAGUGUCCAACAACAAAUUCAGUGGACACAUUUCUUCCUCAUUUUGCAAUGCAAGCUCACUUGAGAUACUCAUCUUAUCCCACAACAACUUGUCGGGCCACAUCCCAAAGUGCCUUUUUGCUCUUCCCAAUCUUGAGAGUUUAGAUCUGCAGAUGAAUAAUUUUGUCGGAUCUAUACCGGACAAUUUUUCUAGAAGCAAUUAUUUGGAAUCUUUGCAUUUGAACAACAAUCAAUUUGAGGGACGGUUGCCUUUGUCUUUGACCCAUUGUAAGCAAUUACAAAUUUUAGAUGUGGGAGCAAACAAGAUCAACGACAAAUUUCCUGAUUGGCUUGAAGGCUUACCAGAGCUACAGGUACUCAUUUUAAGAGAUAAUAAGUUCUAUGGUGCCAUUCAUAGUUCCCACACCAAACAUCCUUUUCCCAUGUUAAGAAUUUUCGAUGUUUCCAACAACCGUUUUAUAGGAUCUUUGCCAAUAACAUACAUCAAGGAAUUUAAAGGAAUGAUGAAUGUUGACUUUGUUUCAACCACACUAGAUUACUUGGAAAUCCGUAAUGCAUCUUAUCAGUAUCAAGAAUCAGUGAUGGUCACAUUGAAAGGUGUUGAUUUGGAGUUGGUAAAGAUCAUAACUACAUUCACAUCCAUUGAUUUGUCAAAAAACAUGAUUGAUGGAGAGAUUCCACAUGUUAUUGGUGAGCUGCAUUCACUUAAGGGGCUUAAUCUCUCCCACAACAAAAUCACUGGUCCGAUUCCUCAAUCCAUUGCAAACUUGACAAACCUAGAAUCAUUGGAUUUAUCAUCAAACUUGCUUAAAGGUGAGAUUCCUCUUGCACUAGCAGAUCUCAACUUUCUUGAAGUUUUGAAUCUUUCACAAAAUCAGCUUGUCGGAGAAAUACCAACAGGUAAGCAGUUUGAUACAUUUUCACAAGAUUCUUUUGAGGGAAAUUUAGGACUGUGUGGAUUUCAAUUGUCAAAAGCAUGUAAUCAUGAUGAAGGGAAAUUACCACAACCAACUUCGUCAAGUAAUGACAAAUUUGGAUUUGGUUGGAAACCAGUGGCUUUGGGAUAUGGAUGUGGGAUGGUGUUUGGAAUAUUCAUGAGUCAAGUUAUUUUCUUAACCGGAAAACCUAAAGAGCUUGUCAGAAUUUUUCAAGCCAGGCCUAAGAAACAAGCAAAAAGGACAAGGAAAAGAGCCCAUCAGGAUCAAAGAGUGAAUUAGGCACAAAAUGUGGCUUCGUGUGAUAUAUUAUGUCAUCUUUUUUUCCAUGUUUCCACUAUGGUUAUUAUUUCAUGUUUCUUAAAUAUCUUGUCAGUGAUUGGAAUGUAAUGUACUGUAUAUUUUAAUGAUUGUCUUUCCCCUUUUCUUUUUUUAAUGAAUUUCAAGUGAUUUGCCUUCAUUUGUAUGCUAUGUACUAUUUGAUCAUCAUGUGAAUAAAAUUUUCCACGUAUUAGCAACUUUU